CGUCGCGAUACGGUCGAAAUGGACGGGUAUAACACGAAUGCACAGUCGUUUCUCGUGUGUAAACUGAAUGUUGUUAUUUUGCCUAAUUAAUUUUGUUUUUAUGAAAAAAAAAAUUCUUCUUUUUUGUCGUUUUGUUUGUUGUAUUUCAUUUUACUAUAUUUGAAUAAUGAGUCGUGCCGCUGAAACGAAAAAAAAAAAAAACGUUUUUCAAUUGAACCAUUAAUAUGUAAAAAUGGAUUAAGACUUUGGUUAAAUACAUGGCAUUAUUUAUGAGAAAGUUUACGUUAUUGUUUUGCCAUUCAGUGGAUUCACAGCCGUUUGGAAUAUACUAUUGUUGAUACAACUUAACAACCAGUGUGUAAUGUUUUAAAUAAAAAAAGCUCAUCGAUUGUUAUUACGAACCCGAUGAUAAAUAAUAUACAAUUUAGCGUCGACCUUUUGUAGCGAAUGACUAUUUCACUGUAACAAGAAACCAUACAUAAGAUUAGGAAAGUGUGCGCUGCUUAAUAUAACAUAUUAUCCGUUUCAACCACCUUAUAACUUGAAUGGUUUCUGAUUUAGUGAAUUCAGAACGUAUUCAGUGUCGUGUGUGUGCUUUUUGUUGCUUCUCUACAAUACUUGUGAGGUAUACAAAAUGUGUCGUCAACACAUUGCAUUACACUUCAACGAACCAACAUGAGUGAUACACAUUCGUCAGCUGUUAAAUUCGUUAUUUGUUUGUAAUUUAAAGACGCAACGAGUUAUAAGUGAUGUCAUCCAUCAUUUUCUUAAAUAGAUCUUGCUUCUCAUUCUCUUGUGUUUAACGAGUUGGAUAUUUUUUUCACAAUUCAUUAUCAAAUGAUGCAUCUCGUUACAUGCAUUCACUGGUUGAACUGUAAAGAAGAUAAAGUAAAUUGAAUGAGAAUAGGAAUGUUUCUGAGACUGAAAUUAAUUUAAUAUUUCCUUGAAUUGUAUCGUUAUUAUUAGUGUUGUUAUGUGUCACAUUCCUCAGAAACAUUGCCAACAUACAAUUCUAUUUUAAUGUGGAAUAACGUCGUUGUCGUCAGAGCAUUAUAAUACAUCUUUCAGAUGAUUUCUAGAAGAAAAAUAAAUUGAAAAGAAGAAAGAAAAAAAAUUGAAAUCGUGAUUCGUGCGGUCUGAUAUCUCCGACCGUAUAAAAUAUAGCUCCACAUAUUUAUCGAGAGCUAAACAAGUUUUUGCCGUUUGAUUAAUAUGUCAAAAAUUAAAGCUAAAACAUUGUAUAUACGAAGGUACGAAAGACUGAAUUGAACGGUGCACAUCACUAGGAUAAUCUUCAAUUUGUAUUUACACGUUCAUAAAUGUUUUAUGAACCGAUUCUGCAUUAAAUGAACAUUCAAACAUGUUUCUAUCGAAAUGUACAACGUUGUUAUUGGCAACGGUUUCAAACGGGACAAGAUCGGAAUCACAGCACUUAAGGACUAGACGACUGCCAUUAUGUUCAGUUGACUCGGAAGAUGGAAACGGUCUCGGCGAUGAUGAUAUGCAAGCAUUGUUGCCAAGCAAUCGAGACUUAUCGAGGGAAGAUUUAAGCCAGUCUCAUGCAUCUUUGGUAUCCAGUUCUGAUGGCGGUGUCUUGGCCGAAGGUGAAACAUCUAGUGAAACAUCAGCCGAUUCAACUAGCCCACCGUGUGAUUUAUCUCUUGUCGAACGGCUACUUCGUACACACCCUGUGUGGUUCUUGCCUGGUAUUCAAAGAUCUGGUGCCGUACAUUUAUUGCAAGGAAAAGAAGAGGGGAAUUUCGUUGUUCGCGGCUCGAGUCAGACGAACACUAUGGCCGUAUCGGUCCGUCUACCACCAGAUACUGGCCCAUACAUUGAACAUUAUUUAAUCCAAUCCAAUGACAGUUUGCUAAGCUUGGAAAGCUCUAGAUUUAAGUUCGAUUCGAUUCCAGCGUUAAUUGCACAUUAUGCUCAGUGCUGUGAUGAACUCCCAGUUCAAUUAACCUUACCACGAGCCCUACGCGAGGCACAAAAUCGCCAACAAUUGUCUUCACUCGCUUUACUUGGUCAAGAGUUUUGGCGAUAUCCGAUGGCCACACCGAAACCAACGGCAACCACAACAACAUCAUCGGCCAACACCAGCCCAAUACAAUCAAAUUCUAAAACCGAAUCCAGUGGCAUCGGAACAACUGUAUUCAGUACAAUUAAUCCACCGAAAAGCGUAGCAGUAACACCAAAUAAUAACCACCCAGUGGGAAAUGUUUUUAGUCCAACGAUACCGAGUAAUGUGUUCAGCCAAGCUGGUACACCAUCGGAUACAGCUUCUAGUCUCAGUAGUUUUACAAGUACUGGUCAACAGAUUUUAAGUCCUGAAUCAGUAGAUAGCGUAAUGUUGACGAUGUCGCCUAUCGAGCCGACUCGAAGUGGCAUUAUUGGCAAAACGAGUACGUUCAAAGCAAUAAACCGAAGAUCCAUGGACAUUGAGAAAUUGACGUCGUUCGUACACACAACGCAAUUAAGUGGAUCUGAUAGUAACGACAAUUUGGUCAGGACCACUAGACCAACACCACCAAGUACACUGAAUUUGGCUCCGUUUCGUACGCCACCGGCACCCCCACCACGAUGGUCAAAACCAACAACUCCGAACAGUCCAACAGCAUUGACUCCGCUCGAGGGACAACUAUCAAAUAAUUUUACGGUUACAACUACGGUAACAUUCAGUGUUGAUGGCAGUCAAAACUCUCAAAUUGUUGAAGUAACAUCACCCAAUUCGAACACAACAUUUCAGACUAUAUCGAAGAGACUGUCACCCGAAGGAGAAUGUAAGGCUCAAGUGGACACCCUUUCAUCGCAAGGAUCAAAGCGAUGGCAAUCUCAAUCCAGUAAAGACUCCAGUCAAAAUAAUCGGAAAGUUUUGUCUCCAAAUUCAGCCGAAACACCAACUGGUCGCUCACGUCGUCACCGUGCUCGGAAGGAGUCGAAGCAUUACCAGGAGUCCGAUAUCUUAGAAUCUCCGCAAGUGUACUGUCGAAGUGCUUUGGGUGACAAAAUCAGUGACUACGAAGAUUUAUGGACGCCAGACAGCUCAUCUCACUUCGGGCGCGGUCCACAUAUGUCGAGCUUUCGACCAGAUGGAAUAAAUGGUAAAAGGCCAGAUCUUCUGCCGGAAACUCCCACAAUAACAUCGCUAAACGGUAAUUUACUCUCACCAGCUGGUUCCUUAGGCUCAACCAAUUCUAGUCCGCCGACAACUACAAAGCCAACCGUUUCUUCGAAACCACUUACCGAUGGAUCACUGACACCGUUUCAACAGUCCCACAACUUUUUCGCCAACAACAUCAUCCACGAAAUCAAAUCGAAAGAGCAAUCGAAUGAUGGCCAGAAGUCACCAAACCAGCACGAUUCAAAAAUUGAACACCAACAACUAAGACAAUCACCGAAUUCUAUGCAGCAAUCUCGUAAUCACCUAGGACUUCAAUUACCAACAUCAGAAACAUCAUCGCCCGGUUCGGAAACACCGGUUCAAACACCGAUCAAUUCGCGAAACAAACAAGGCAGUCCGUUCUACGCCGAACCAGCCGAUGCUUUAGGAAAUGUCAUCAGACGCUCGCAACGGAACGUCUUACUGCCAGCAUCACAUCGUCAUUCCGAACCAUCGAAAGGUCCGAUGCGAACAGCGUUCUGUCAAGUUCUAUCACCGAUAGAAUCUGAAAAGAGUCCGAUAUCGGGAUCGCUGGACGAAUUGAAGAAGCAAAAUCGCAUUGCGCGUGGACGACUGGAUCCAUGGCCAUUGGACAGCAGCUGGGAGUUUAUGGGAAAUGAGGAUAACGACUACGACACCGAUGCUAAUUGGAAAACCGGCAACCAUCAGAAAACCGACAAACCACCAAAGACAACUGAGAUAAAAGAUUUUGUUGGACGAUCGUUGACCGUCCACCAAAUCAUUGCUCGUAAAUUGCCGGAGUUGAACCUGCCAGAAUUGACGAAAACGUCUUCGACACCACUGAAUGCAUCACCAGAGUUGGGUAACGGCGGCGCUGUCGGAAUGAUGGGCAAAAAUAAUCGCAUAUCGUCGUACGACAAUGUGGAACGCGGUCACUCCGGCUACGCAACAUCGUCGAUUUUAUUCCCUGACAGCACGCAUUCGGAUGAUGGGACGGUAUUCUCCGAACCGUGGGACAGUUCGCAAUGGGAUUCCUUUUUACCUCACGAUGACACAUCUGAUUCCAUUCACCUGUCGAAAUGUCGACCGGCACUGUGUAAUUCAGAAGACGACACAAUCAUGGAAGAGGCAACAUUCACAACGAACAAUCACAAAGAACAACAGAAUCAUCAGCAGCAACCGGCGAAAGUCGCUACAAUUCUGAGGACAAGGAGUUGUCGAGAUCGAGAAGUUUUGUGCCAUCCACGUAACAAGCAAAACAACAGUGGUCCCGGCGAAUCAGUAGCCGCCUAUGCACUAACCCUAGCUGCUGACACCAGCUCAACAUUCUCCCGAAACAUUGAAAAUUUCAUCGCUUGCACCAAAGAAUCUCGUGAAGUUGCACCGCAAGUGGUCAUGCGUAAUAUGCGCCAAUUCAUGAGCGGAAUGAAAAACUAUCUGGUCAAGCAUGGCGAAGGGAAUUUCCAGCAGGAGGUGUUUCGUGCUCGUUCACUCCUAAAGGCCGAUGAAUUCUUAAAUUUGGACACCAUACUGGAGGGUGUGAUGCAUCAAUUGGUUGUGCUGCCGUUGCGAGAGUAUUUGUACGGACUGUUUGUUGACUUUUACACUGGUACGUCGGAUAUCCAGUUGCUGGUCGAAAAUGUGAAAUAUGCAUCGGCUCGAAGUGCCGCCGAUUUUGGUAUUCGGUCAACCGUAACACCACCAUCGUCAGCGGCUAUGCAGCAAAUCUCAUUGUUGAUAUUACGAUUACAAGAAGCCGAACUGCCAUUGGAAAAACUGGAGUAUCUCUUGGCUGUUGUGAGCGCUAUUUUCGAGGCGUCUAAACAUCCUCGUGGACAGCCACUCGGUGCCGAUGAUUUUCUACCAAUAUUAGUAUUUAUUGUAGCCAAGUGUGGUUUCAUCGGUGCCGAGAUCGAAGCGGAAUUCAUGUGGUGUUUAUUGCAACAGUCUCUGUUGAAUGGCGAAGCUGGUUACUACCUCACCGCACUCUGCAGUGCCGUUCAUGUACUUAAAACAUUUAUGGCUUCGGAAAUGGAUGGUACGGGUUCGUUGGAUAUUCGAUCGUCAUCGCAGCCCGCCUGUUCGUCAGUAUUACGUGUCAUCAUACCGGAUGAAUAUAAUGGCUCAUUGCAAACCAGGACGUUACCGGUACGUCCGCACACAACGACGCGAGAAGUAUGCCGAACAAUAGCUCAUAAGGCUAGAAUAACAAAUCCUCAGGAUUAUGGACUAUUUAAACUUGUAGACGGUGAAGAAACUUUACUAAUGGACAACGAUUGUCCACAAGAAGCACGUUUGGCAGCCCGUGGCAAACACUGUAUGCUAGCGUAUAAACGAAUCGAUGCAAAAAUUGCAUGGCCCACAAUGACUUCCAAUUGAUUGAAUAUUCGAAUGUGGAACGGAGUGUGAGUUUUUGAAUGUAAAAAACAAAAAAAUGAAGAAGAAAAAAUCGGAGAAAAAAUCUUGAAGAAUUUACAUUUACAAAGACAACAAAGGAAAGAAGAAAAAAAGAAACGAAAACGAGACCGAAGAAAUCAAAUUUCCUUCGGUAAAAAUAUUUUCACUUUCGCCAUUUAUCUUUUCGCCAUCAUUUGACGGCUUCAAUGCCGAUGACUUGACAGUUUAAACAUUUUUCUUGCACAUACGCUAUUUCGUUGACGAUUUUCAUUGGAAUUAAUUCACCUUGCCAGUCCAUACUUUCAGUGAAUUGGUGAAUGAGAAUGCAGAUUUGACGUAAGCAUUCAGUCUGAAGCCGCAAGAUUUUUUGGGCUUCCCUUUUUUGUUUUAAAGACCCAGAUAUUUGGUAUUUGUAUGUACCAGCAAGGAACAAUUGUAUAGAAAGCUUCACUAAAUUUAAUUAACUAUCAAGACUGACUGACUCGGUGUCGAACAAGAACUAUUUUUUUUUUAAAUAAUAUUUUGGACCUGGAGUUGAUUAAUUCGAUAGAAAAUGGAAAGGCGAAAUAAGACGAAACUGGUCGUCGUCGGUAAAAUUCAAAAUUUUACUCA